AUGAUGGAAAUUAUUUUAUUUGAUGAUAAAAUAAAUACUUGCAAAGAAAGAUUUAGUACACUUUUAUUGCAAAUAGGUCAUUUCUAUGACUUUUUGAGUGGAAACUAUAUUUAAUUACAUCAACUAGAAGAAAUGUCUAUUCCUUUAAUAAAUUUAAACUAAAAUUUAGAAUAAAAUAUUAUUGAGCUUUUUUAAAUCAACCCUUUAGAUGUAGAUCUUUAAUAUCUAACUAGUAUAUACAUCUAACUCAUAGAUUUCUAAAACAGAAGAGUUAAUAAAUUUCAUUAAGCUGGUUUGGACCUUUCAAAAUAGCAAAAUGACAAGAAAAAAAAGUUAGCUGAUACAAGCUAAUUCUCAGAAAAUUCAUGUGUAUUUUUUACAUCCUUCAUAGAAAAGGAGUUUUUGAUUAAAAAGACUUCAAAAACAUUUGAUAAAAUAUUUGGUUACAGUUCUGAGUUCAUCUAAGGAAAAUAGCUAAAUAUCUUAAUACCAAAUCUUAUUAAAAGACAACAUAACUUAAUGAUUUAGGCAUUUAUUGAUGAAUAAGCGAUGGAAAUUAUUACCUAAGGAGAAAGAAAUUUAUUUGGCUUGGAUAAAAAAGGUUUUAUUUUUCCUAUUAGUUUAAGAAUCAAGAUAUAAGUUUUUGAAAAUGAUUUGGGAGUCUGUGCUCUCGCUUAGAAAAAUAAAUAAAAUUUUUCUUAUAUGUUUUUUGAAAGUGAAGGAAUAAUCACUGAUUUUUCAAAGAAAAUAUAUCUAGACAUAUUUUAAUUUCAUGGAUUGAAAAAAUAAUAAUAGUUAAACAUUUUUGAGUUGAUUCCUUCUCUUGAGGAGAUAGUUAAGACCUAAUAGACUAACAAAUAUUUUAGCAGUGUCUUAGUAGUAAAAGAUUAAUAUUCAGCCUUAAAUUUAAAUCAUGAAAAUCACAUUUCAUAGCCCAAAUAUAUUAAUAAUUAUUUCACACAAAACGAUGAAGUUUUCCAAAUCUAAUUUAAAUUUUUUAGUCGUUAAACUAAAAAUAAUGUUGAUAUUAAGUAUAUUGAAAUAGAUUUUUACUCAAAAGAAACAAACCCAGUUAAAAAAUUAAUGGUCUUAGAUCAGUUAAAUAAAUAAAAAAUAUAGAGAGAAUCAAUGAUAUUUCAAAAAUCAGAUAGCUAAUAAACUUUUUUAGAAUAUCUCAGCUCUUUAUAACAAUAGCAUUUUUCAACAAUAGAUUUUACCUAAGUCUUUGAAAGUUAAGAUUAGAACCCGACCAAAUAUAAGGAAGAUAUAAAAAUUUAUCAAAAUUAUUUUUUAAAAUAGUAAACAAAAGAAAAAAAUAUUUCUAACAAUAAUGAACAAACUCAAAACUAAUUUGAUAGCAACAAAUUUAUACCUUAAAAUAAUAACAAUACUUAUCUAAAAUACUUAUAAGAUUAAAUGUUGUUCAAAAACUCUGAAAAUCUAAAUAUUUAUCAAAGAAAAAAUGAAUUAAAAUAACUAAAUUCAAAUGAAUUUUAAGAUAAAUAAAAUCAACAAGAUCUUUAAAUAUCAACAAUAAAUUCUCCAAACAAUAAAAUACUUACUAGCGCUAUUGAAUAAACUGAAAUGAUUUUAUCUCCUGCUUUUUCUUAUCAAGAAAAGUAAUAAUUUCUGAUAAAUUAGUCAAAUGAAUAUUUUAAUUUGAAGCUCUAUUCAUAAUAAGUUUAACAAAAGAACAGCAAUUUACAAGAAAUAUCUUUGAAUAAUAUUUCUUCAUACUAAUAUCUGAAUAAGUUACCAAGUAGAAACAAUAUAACGCCUAAUUAACAUAAUUACCUGAAAUAAAAUAGCUGCUUAGAUAAUCCUUUUUUACAAAAAAAUAUUAUUAGUUAGGAAUUAUCAGUAAAAAGGAGAGAAUCUAGAAGUUUUAACAACUACAGGGAAUAAGAAGAUUUAAAGCAUGAGUAAAAAAAUGAAAUAGCUAGCAUAAACUCUAGCAAGUAUAGUACUGAUGAAAUUAUGAAAAGGAAAAUGAUACAAAGAAUUAAAAAAAAGGAUUUUAAUAAAGGAUUAUAGCUUAUGGUUUUAACAGGAAUUUUAGCAUUUGUCAUUCUUAGUAUUGUUUCUAUAAUUAUAUAUUUUGAGAAUUUAAAUAGCUUAGAUUCUUUUGUUUAAUCGUUUUUAAAAAUUGAUGAUGCUCUUUAUUGCUUCAUCGAUGUAAUGAAUAUUGUUGCAAUGAAUAACUACUAAUCAGUUUUGGGAUAAAGCUAAUCUUUGAUUAUAGAUGAUUUAGACCUUUAAAAUUAUUAGAAUUAACAAUCAGAAUAUGAGCAAAAAAUGGUACUGAAAGAUUAUAAUGCUAAUUUAUAAAAACUUGUUUUGAAUAACGAUAGCAGAGAUUAGCUUAAUGAAUUACAAAACAAGUUAUUUUAAGUUCAAAUUUAUGCUGAUGGUUUUUAGAAUAGCUCUAGAGUUUAAAAAAACUCAACCAUUACUUUUUAACAGAGUUUAUAAUACACUUUAUUGUAGUUUUUCUACGAAAUUACAUUUUAUUAUCUUAAUUAUGAGGAGCAGUAAGAAGAUUUUAUUUGGGGAAAUAUCUCCAGUUUCAAAUAAAGUAUGAAAAAUUUGUAAUUGAUUGUGGAAAAUUAUGCUUAAGACUAAUUUAAUAAAAUGAAUUUCUAGUAAAUAUCUACUAUUGCUUUAUUUACUUUUAUUUGCACGUUGUUAGUAUUUUCAGUUUUACCUCUUAACAUUGUAAUCCAAAUUAACAAAGAAAAGGUUUUGAAGCUCUUUGGCACUUUUUAACCUUCGAUAAUAGAAUAUUAAAUAAAACAAUUAGAGCUAGGUCUAUUUAAAAUAGAGUAAAUUACCACUUUAGACCAAACCAACAAUAGUAAUUACACUUGUAGAAGAUCUAAAAAUAUAAAUAAGUAAUUGUAAUAAGUAAGGGAUUUAAAUUUCUACUCUAAUUAGUAAGAAGAAGAAUAAAAAUAGGAAAAUUAAUUAAAAUAUCAAAUUCCUUUAUACAUUCAAAGAUAGGCAGAUAAGCGAUCUAGAUAAAUUGCAUCUUUUAGCAAUCUACCAAAAUUCAAUUUUGUUUUAUUUUUUUUAGGAAUUGUUACUGUAGCUCUCUUGCUUAUAAUGCCAAUUUUAAAUUUAGUCGAAUUCAAUCCUUUUGAAAGAGAAUCAAAAGCUACUCUAUAAGAUAGAAUUUCUUUAAUUGAUGUUUUCUCUUUAAUAAUAGAAAACUAAUCACCGCAUAUGGAGUAAGUGUAUUUAGUAUCUAUUGGCUAACCACCUUAGACUUCUUACUUUUAUAGCUAUAUGCAAGAUCUAUAAGAUUAAAACAAGCAAGUAUUUAAAUAGCUUUAAAACUUAACUAUUGAUCUAGGAGUUGAACGAAAUAAUUAAAGAAUGUUCAUUGAUUUUUAUUAGAAUUUAUUAAACUUAAACUUGUGCUCAGUUAGAUAAAAAUAUCCUUAAUAUUUUAAUUCAAAUAUAACUGAAUCAAUUUAAGCAGCUAAUUCAAGUAAUCUCAGAGGUUGUAAAUGCAAUAAGACAGUACUAAAAUGA